AUGCUCCAGCUGACGGCCACCCCGGCCCCGAGCCCGGCCGCCUGCCACGCGCCUCUUCGACUCGCCGGCUGCUCGGUCCCCCUCGGGCUCGUGCCCCUCCCGGCCCCGGGGGUGGCCUGGCCCAGCGAGGCCCGGGGCUUCUUCCGCCACGCCGGCGCCCUGCCCUUCGCCCUGGGGCCGCUGUUCCGGGCCCCGUCCGGGCCUCGCCCGGCGUCUCCGGGCCGACGCGCUGCCCUCCCCGGCGUGCUGCCUUGGGCAUCCUGA